AUGGGGAAAGUCCAUCUGGAGGAUAAUGAUACCAAAGAAGAGAAAACUGAGUAUAGUUUAAUUCGUGUCAAAAAUACUUGGAAAUGUAAACUGGGAAAGAAGGUCAAUAAGGACACAGCUGACUGCGUCUCUGCUGCGAAGAUCUAUGAGAGCAUCACCGAAAAGGGAACAAGUUGGACAGUGGUCAGCCCCAUCGUUUUUACUUACAAGGUAACUGAGACCCAGGACUUGCUUGACCCAACCAAUGACACACUACUGUUGGGCCAUAUCACAGACCCGAAGCAGCUGGAGGACAUUAAAAAAUCAAACAAGCUAAUCAAGCGUUUUGUGGUUGUUGACCAAGAAGUCUACAAAAUCUAUGGUACCAAGCUGACUGGGUAUUUAGAGGCCAAAAAUGUCUUGUACAAAAUCUUGGCUCUACCCACCACUGAAGAGAACAAAUCCAUGAAAAUGGCCCUGAAGAUCCUGGAGGAGGUCAACAACUUCUCCCUUGACCGCCGCACAGAGCCCAUCAUUGCCAUUGGUGGAGGUGUUUGCCUGGACAUAGUGGGCCUGGCUGCCUCACUCUACAGAAGACGCACGCCUUACAUCAGGGUCCCAACCACACUGCUCUCCUACAUCGAUGCCAGCGUGGGAGCAAAGACGGGAGUUAACUUUGCAAACUGCAAGAACAAGCUGGGUGCCUACAUUCCACCUGCUGCUGCCUUCCUUGACCUGUCCUUCAUUCAAACUGUUCCACGACGACACAUCUCCAACGGGCUAGCAGAGAUGUUAAAGAUGGCCUUGAUGAAACACAGAGGUCUAUUUGAGCUUCUUGAGACACACGGCCGCAUGCUGUUGGACACUAAAUUCCAGGCUGACAACAGUGUAUACGGACACAACAGCAUUCAGGCUGCAUCACAAGCCACUCGUAUAGCCAUUGUUACCAUGCUGGAAGAACUUGCCCCAAACCUUUGGGAGGAUGACCUUAACAGACUUGUGGACUUUGGCCACCUUAUCAGCCCAGCAUUAGAGAUGAAAGUUCUCCCAUCUCUGCUGCAUGGUGAGGCAGUGAAUAUCGAUAUGUCGUACAUGGUUUACGUGUCCAAAGAGAGUGGUCUAUUGACAGAAGACGAAAAGCAAAGGAUCAUCAGCUGCAUGGUGGGCCUGGAGCUGCCAGUGUGGCAUGAGGCAUGUACCCUGGAGCUCAUACAGAAGUCUCUGCAGGAAAGACUCAAGCAUUCGGGAGGCCUGGUCAGAAUGCCUCUGCCUGUCGGUCUCGGGCAAGCAGAAAUCUCUAAUGACACAUCUUGUGAGAUCCUGCACAGAGCUUACACAAAAUGGUGUGAUGAGCUGAGCGUCUCCUCUGACAGCAGCUGUGACUCUUAAGCUGCCCAUACCACAACUGCAUCUGUUACAUCUGUUUAUAAGAGAAAAUGUUUACAUUUUGUAAGGACAGGUUUAAUAUGCACUUUUAAUCUACCAAUCAUGUCAUUUUUUAAAUUGCUGGAAAAAGAAACUGUAGUUGAUUGCAUCACCUUAUGUACACAUUAUAGCAACAAGAGCCAAAUGUUGUGUAACCAUAUUAGCACUGCAGGGUUCUGUCCAGCACACAAUACAAGUACAGCAUACAGUACCUCCUUUCUCUACAAAUAGUGACAAUACCAGAUGCUGCUUGCCUUGUCGCUGAAUUUAAAAGGUUGUAAAAGAGAUCAAACUGGAAGAGGGAUUUUUUUUUAAACAGUCUGACUUUGAUUUGUAUGUGUUUGCAAUAUAUUUGAAAGUAUCCCACAAUAAAGCUUUUUUUAAUGAUCAAA